AUGGAAGUUCAUUCUGAUUUGGACCUUAUAAUAAUAGGUAAAACUGGGAAUGAAAAAAGUGCUACCAGAAAUUCAAUUCUGAGAGAACUAGACGUAUUUAAAAGCGCAUACAACACGACUUCAAUUACUGACUUUCCACAAACAGGUUUCACCACAUUUAAUGGUCGUAUUAUAAAAGUGGUUGACUGUCCAGGUGUUUUAGACACGGAUAUUGAUGAAACUGGUGCAGUAGAACUUGUUAAAGAAGCUUUACAGUACGCUCUUUUAGCCAAUCCAUCAGGCUAUCACGCUUUCCUCAUUGUAGUCAAGUUUGCUCAGCGUUUUACCAAGGAAGAACAAGAUUCUAUUAAGAUUCUCAAAAGUAUUUUGGGAAAAGAUGUCAUCACAACCCACGGCAUUGUCGUAAUGUGCAACGGUGAUACUUUUGCACAUUUUUCAAAAACACAAGGGUUAACUAUUGAAGAAUUUUGA